GAAGAUGGUUUGAAGUUCUCUGCAAUCUCUCACCAGUUUAAAGAAGCAAAAGACAAAGUAGGAUCUUUAACUCAAGAUCCAGGGAAUGAAUUGAAGUUAAAGAUGUACGCCCUUUUUAAGCAGGUAGAUGCACAAAAACAGUAUAUAGCACUUGUGGAAUCUUUACUAGGACAAGAAUCCAAGACCAACAGCCAACCCAACAAAGACAUUAAUACAUCAAAUGAGUUUGAAAAUAUUCUUGUCUCUACUGAUGGCGGUUUGAGGACAAUCACAAUGAACAGGCCUGAUAAAUACAAUGCUUUGACCCCAAAGCUGCUGGUUCAGUUCAUUAAAAACAUGAAAAUAUGA